AUGAAGAGUUUGUGGAAGUGUUUCAACAAGUGUUUCAACAAGUGCUUCAACAAGUGCUUCAACAAGUGCUUCAACAAGUGUUUCAACAAGUGUUUCAACAAGUGCUUCAACAAGUGUUUCAACAAGUGCUUCAACAAGUGUUUCAACAAGUGCUUCAACAAGUGUUUCAACCAGUGCUUCAACAAGUGUUUCAACCAGUGCUUCAACCAGUGCUUCAACAAGUGCUUCAACAAGUGCUUCAACAAGUGUUUCAACAAGUGUUUCAACAAGUGCUUCAACAAGUGUUUCAACAAGUGCUUCAACAAGUGUUUCAACAAGUGUUUCAACAAGUGCUUCAACAAGUGCUUCAACAAGUGUUUCAACAAGUGCUUCAACAAGUGCUUCAACAAGUGUUUCAACAAGUGUUUCAACAAGUGUUUCAACAAGUGUUUCAACAAGUGUUUCAACAAGUGCUUCAACAAGUGUUUCAACAAGUGUUUCAACAAGUGUUUCAACAAGUGUUUCAACAAGUGUUUCAACAAGUGUUUCAACAAGUGCUUCAACAAGUGCUUCAACAAGUGCUUCAACAAGUGUUUCAACCAGUGCUUCAACAAGUGUUUCAACAAGUGUUUCAACAAGUGUUUCAACAAGUGCUUCAACAAGUGUUUCAACAAGUGUUUCAACAAGUGUUUCAACAAGUGCUUCAACAAGUGCUUCAACAAGUGCUUCAACAAGUGCUUCAACAACUGUUUCAACAAGUGCUUCAACAAGUGUUUCAACAAGUGUUUCAACAAGUGCUUCAACAAGUGUUUCAACAAGUGCUUCAACAAGUGUUUCAACAAGUGUUUCAACAAGUGCUUCAACAAGUGCUUCAACAAGUGCUUCAACAAGUGCUUCAACAAGUGUUUCAACAAGUGUUUCAACAAGUGUUUCAACAAGUGUUUCAACAAGUGCUUCAACAAGUGUUUCAACAAGUGCUUCAACAAGUGUUUCAACAAGUGUUUCAACAAGUGUUUCAACAAGUGUUUCAACAAGUGUUUCAACAAGUGUUUCAACAAGUGCUUCAACAAGUGCUUCAACAAGUGCUUCAACAAGUGCUUCAACAAGUGUUUCAACAAGUGUUUCAACAAGUGUUUCAACAAGUGCUUCAACAAGUGUUUCAACAAGUGCUUCAACAAGUGUUUCAACCAGUGCUUCAACAAGUGUUUCAACAAGUGUUUCAACAAGUGCUUCAACAAGUGUUUCAACAAGUGUUUCAACAAGUGUUUCAACAAGUGUUUCAACAAGUGUUUCAACAAGUGUUUCAACAAGUGUUUCAACAAGUGUUUCAACAAGUGUUUCAACAAGUGUUUCAACAAGUGCUCCAACAAGUGCUUCAACAAGUGCUUCAACAAGUGUUUCAACAAGUGCUUCAACAAGUGUUUCAACAAGUGCUUCAACACGUGCUUCAACAAGUGUUUCAACAAGUGUUUCAACAAGUGUUUCAACCAGUGUUUCAACCAGUGUUUCAACAAGUGUUUCAACAAGUGCUUCAACAAGUGCUUCAACAAGUGCUUCAACAAGUGUUUCAACAAGUGCUUCAACAAGUGUUUCAACAAGUGCUUCAACAAGUGCUUCAACAAGUGUUUCAACAAGUGUUUCAACAAGUGCUACAACAAGUGUUUCAACAAGUGCUUCAACCAGUGCUUCAACAAGUGUUUCAACAAGUGUUUCAACAAGUGUUUCAACAAGUGUUUCAACAAGUGUUUCAACAAGUGCUACAACAAGUGUUUCAACAAGUGCUUCAACAAGUGCUUCAACAAGUGUUUCAACAAGUGUUUCAACAAGUGCUUCAACAAGUGUUUCAACAAGUGUUUCAACGAAUGUUUCAACAAGUGUUUCAACAAGUGUUUCAACAAGUGCUUCAACAAGUGUUUCAACCAGUGUUUCAACAAGUGCUUCAACAAGUGCUUCAACAAGUGUUUCAACCAGUGUUUCAACAAGUGCUUCAACAAGUGCUUCAACAAGUGUUUCAACAAGUGCUUCAACAAGUGUUUCAACAAGUGUUUCAACAAGUGUUUCAACAAGUGUUUCAACAAGUGCUUCAACAAGUGUUUCAACAAGUGCUUCAACAAGUGUUUCAACAAGUGUUUCAACAAGUGUUUCAACAAGUGUUUCAACAAGUGUUUCAACAAGUGUUUCAACAAGUGCUUCAACAAGUGCUUCAACAAGUGCUUCAACAAGUGCUUCAACAAGUGUUUCAACAAGUGUUUCAACAAGUGUUUCAACAAGUGCUUCAACAAGUGUUUCAACAAGUGCUUCAACAAGUGUUUCAACCAGUGCUUCAACAAGUGUUUCAACAAGUGUUUCAACAAGUGCUUCAACAAGUGUUUCAACAAGUGUUUCAACAAGUGUUUCAACAAGUGUUUCAACAAGUGUUUCAACAAGUGUUUCAACAAGUGUUUCAACAAGUGUUUCAACAAGUGCUCCAACAAGUGCUUCAACAAGUGCUUCAACAAGUGUUUCAACAAGUGCUUCAACAAGUGUUUCAACAAGUGCUUCAACACGUGCUUCAACAAGUGUUUCAACAAGUGUUUCAACAAGUGUUUCAACCAGUGUUUCAACCAGUGUUUCAACAAGUGUUUCAACAAGUGCUUCAACAAGUGCUUCAACAAGUGCUUCAACAAGUGUUUCAACAAGUGCUUCAACAAGUGUUUCAACAAGUGCUUCAACAAGUGCUUCAACAAGUGUUUCAACAAGUGUUUCAACAAGUGCUACAACAAGUGUUUCAACAAGUGCUUCAACCAGUGCUUCAACAAGUGUUUCAACAAGUGUUUCAACAAGUGUUUCAACAAGUGUUUCAACAAGUGUUUCAACAAGUGCUACAACAAGUGUUUCAACAAGUGCUUCAACAAGUGCUUCAACAAGUGUUUCAACAAGUGUUUCAACAAGUGCUUCAACAAGUGUUUCAACAAGUGUUUCAACGAAUGUUUCAACAAGUGUUUCAACAAGUGUUUCAACAAGUGCUUCAACAAGUGUUUCAACCAGUGUUUCAACAAGUGCUUCAACAAGUGCUUCAACAAGUGUUUCAACCAGUGUUUCAACAAGUGCUUCAACAAGUGCUUCAACAAGUGUUUCAACAAGUGUUUCAACAAGUGUUUCAACAAGUGCUUCAACAAGUGUUUCAACAAGUGUUUCAACAAGUGUUUCAACAAGUGCUUCAACAAGUGCUUCAACAAGUGUUUCAACAAGUGUUUCAACAAGUGCUUCAACAAGUGUUUCAACAAGUGUUUCAACGAAUGUUUCAACAAGUGUUUCAACAAGUGUUUCAACAAGUGCUUCAACAAGUGUUUCAACCAGUGUUUCAACAAGUGCUUCAACAAGUGCUUCAACAAGUGUUUCAACCAGUGUUUCAACAAGUGUUUCAACAAGUGUUUCAACCAGUGUUUCAACCAGUGCUUCAACAAGUGUUUCAACAAGUGCUUCAACAAGUGUUUCAACAAGUGUUUCAACAAGUGUUUCAACGAAUGUUUCAACAAGUGUUUUGUUGUCAAAAAAAGCUUUGACAGACGUGUUCAGAAUUUGAUACAGAAAUAA